AUGUCAGAAGAGCAUCAGCAAGUUCCCGUGGAGGAAGUCGCCCCAGUCCAGGAGGUCGAAGUGCAAGAAACGACAGUCGAAACACCAGUGGAAGCAGCCGAAGAAACACCAGUCACUGAAGUACAAGAAACCGUUACGCAAGAGUUUGAACAGCCCCCAAGCCGUGUGAAUGAGUACCAGGAAGAAGAACAAGGAAGAAGACAAUUCUACGACAAUCCCGCUCCUCACAGAGGAGGUGGAGGUAUGGAUGGCGAAUUGUCGACAACAAGACUUUUCGUGAGACCUUUCCCAUUCGAUGUGCAAGAUUCGGAACUGAAUGAAAUUUUCGCUCCAUUUGGACCUAUGAAAGAGGUGAAAAUCUUGAACGGAUUCGCUUUCGUGGAAUUCGAAGAAGCCGAUUCCGCAUCCAGAGCCAUCGAAGAAGUCAACGGCAAAACUUUUGCUAACCAGCCUUUGGAAGUGGUCUUUUCCAAGAUCCAGCCUCCACGCUACCGUAUGGUUCUAAGAAACCUCCCAGAGGGCGUUGCCUGGCAAGAGCUUAAGGAUCUAGCCCGUGAAAAUGGGUUGGAAACAACUUUUUCGAGCGUCAACACCAGAGAAUUCGACGGUACCGGUGCUCUAGAGUUCCCAUCCGAAGAAAUCUUGGCUGACGCUUUGGAAAAGCUCAACAACAUCGAAUUCAGAGGUUCUGUGAUCUCUGCUGAAAAGGACGACAACCCACCUCCAAUCAGAAGAUUCAGAGGCGGUGACCGCGGUGGAUUCCGUGGGGGCCGUGGUGGAUUCGGUGGUCGUGGCGGCCGUGGCGGUUUCGGUGACCGUGGUGGAUUCCGUGGUGGCCGCGGCGGUUUUGGUGACCGUGGUGGAUUCCGUGGUGGCCGUGGUGGUUUCGGAGGUCGUGGUCGCGGUGGCUACGGCGACCGUGGUGGAUUCCGUGGCGGCCGUGGCGGCUUCGGUGACCGUGGUGGAUUCCGUGGUGGCCGUGGUGGCUUCAGCGACCGUGGUAGAGGCUCUUACGGAGCUCCAAGAGAUGAAUACAGAGGUAGAGACGAUGGUGGAUUUUACGGCUCGGCCCGUGAAAGAUCUCCAACCAGACAGUGA